GCUCGGUUGUCCGCGCCUGGCUCCUCAGUCGCUCGCGCAGACCCGGUGCUGGCCGUGGUGGCUGCGGACGCAGCGCGAUCCAACUUGGGCGGCCGUGGCGCGGGCCCUGCGGCAUGAGUCGGUGACCGAGCGCGGGGCGCAGCGGAAGGCAGCGGUGGCCGAGGAGUGUGAGGAAGAGGCUGCCUGUGUCAUUAUGUGUGCGUCGGUCAAGUACAAUAUCCGGGGUCCUGCCCUCAUCCCAAGGAUGAAGACCAAGCACCGAAUCUACUACAUCACCCUCUUCUCCAUUGUCCUCCUCGGCCUCAUUGCCACUGGCAUGUUUCAGUUCUGGCCCCAUUCCAUCGAGUCCUCAAAUGACUGGAAUGUAGAGAAGCGCAGUGUCCGUGACGUGCCAGUAGUCCGGCUGCCAGCGGACAGCCCCAUCCCCGAGCGGGGGGAUCUCAGUUGCAGAAUGCACACAUGUUUUGAUGUCUACCGCUGUGGCUUCAACCCGAAGAACAAAAUCAAGGUGUAUAUUUAUUCUCUGAAAAAGUAUGUGGAUGACUUUGGUGUCCCAGUCAGCAACACCAUCUCCCGGGAGUAUAACGAACUGCUCACAGCCAUCUCAGACAGUGACUACUAUACUGACGACAUCAGUCGGGCCUGCCUGCUUGUCCCGUCCAUCGAUGUGCUUAACCAGCACACCCUCCGCAUUAAGGAGACAGCGCAAGCAUUGGCCCAGCUCUCUAGGUGGGAUCGAGGUACAAAUCACCUGCUGUUCAACAUGUUACCUGGGGGUCCCCCAGAUUAUAACACGGCCCUGGAUGUCCCCAGAGACAGGGCUCUUUUGGCUGGUGGUGGCUUUUCUACGUGGACUUACCGGCAAGGCUAUGAUGUCAGCAUACCUGUCUAUAGUCCACUUUCCGCGGAGGUGGAUCUUCCAGAGAAAGGAUCAGGCCCUCGGCGAUACUUCCUCCUGUCAUCUCAGAUGGCUCUGCAUCCUGAGUACAGAGAGGACCUGGAAGCCCUCCAGGCCAAACAUGGAGAGUCAGUCUUGGUGCUAGAUAAGUGCACCAAUCUCUCAGAGGGUGUCCUUUCAUUCCGUAAGCGCUGCCACAAGCACCAGGUCUUCGAGUAUCCCCAGGUGCUGCAGGAAGCCACUUUCUGUGUGGUUCUUCGUGGAGCUCGGCUGGGCCAGGCGGUAUUGAGUGAUGUAUUACAGGCUGGCUGUGUCCCAGUUGUCAUUGCAGACUCCUAUAUUUUGCCUUUUUCUGAAGUUCUUGACUGGAAGAGAGCAUCUGUGGUUGUGCCAGAAGAAAAGAUGUCAGAUGUGUACAGCAUUUUGCAGAGCAUCCCCCAAAGACAGAUUGAAGAAAUGCAGAGGCAGGCCCAGUGGUUCUGGGAGGCGUACUUCUCAUCAAUUAAAGCCAUUGCCCUGGCCACACUGCAGAUUAUCAAUGACCGAAUCUAUCCAUAUGCUGCCAUCUCCUAUGAAGACUGGAAUGACCCUCCUACCGUGAAAUGGAGCAGUGUGAGUAACCCACUCUUCCUUCCACUGAUCCCACCACAGUCUCAAGGUUUCACUGCCAUCGUCCUCACCUAUGACCGAGUGGAGAGCCUCUUCCGGGUCAUCACAGAAGUAUCCAAGGUGCCCAGUCUUUCCAAGCUGCUAGUUGUCUGGAAUAAUCAGAAUAAAAAUCCUCCAGAAGAUUCUCUCUGGCCCAAAAUCCGGGUUCCAUUAAAAGUUGUGAGGACUGCUGAAAACAAGUUGAGUAACCGUUUCUUCCCUUAUGAUGAAAUUGAGACAGAGGCUGUUCUGGCCAUUGAUGAUGAUAUCAUUAUGCUGACCUCCGAUGAGCUGCAGUUUGGUUAUGAGGUCUGGCGGGAGUUUCCUGACCGGUUGGUGGGUUACCCAGGUCGCUUGCAUCUCUGGGACCAUGAGAUGAGUAAGUGGAAGUAUGAGUCUGAGUGGACGAACGAAGUGUCCAUGGUGCUCACAGGGGCAGCUUUUUAUCACAAGUAUUUCAAUUACCUGUAUACCUACAAAAUGCCUGGCGAUAUCAAGAACUGGGUGGAUGCUCACAUGAACUGUGAAGACAUUGCCAUGAAUUUCUUGGUGGCUAACGUCACAGGGAAAGCUGUCAUCAAGGUAACCCCACGAAAGAAAUUCAAGUGUCCGGAGUGCACAGCCAUUGAUGGGCUUUCACUAGACCAGACGCACAUGGUGGAGAGGUCCGAGUGCAUCAACAAGUUUGCUUCAGUCUUUGGGACAAUGCCUCUCAAGGUGGUAGAACACCGAGCUGACCCUGUCCUGUACAAAGACGACUUUCCUGAGAAACUGAAGAGCUUCCCCAACAUCGGCAGCUUAUGAAAUACACCCUUGGCGGAGGUCUACAUGUUAAGCUUGAACAAAGGAAGAGAACCAGGCCUCCUCGGCACUCUGAUAUCCUGAUAUCAGGAUAGAGCAUUUCAGGAUGGGAGGUUGACAUACUGGAUCUUGGCAUAUACCUACCUAACCCACUUUCUCAACAACAGAAUCUGGAAGGAAUAUCUAAGCACCUUGAGCUACGCAUCACAUCAUCUGUUCUUGUGAUCCUUGGGCUCUCCAGUGAGUACUUUUUGAAAAUGGCAGAUGGAAGCCUUUGUGACACACUCAUAAUUUAAAUCCAGCUCAGGCUCCUUUCGUUUUCAGUUCUGUUGCAACACUGUGAAAUGAAACUUCACUGACUCUAAGACUGCUGGAAAGGAGAAACCUGUUGAUGAAUUUCAGAUUUAGAAAAUCAUGUAAAAGAAACCCAGACCUCACUUUUAGUUUUUUCAAAUCAGUGAGUUCUUUGGAGGAAAAGCCAGGCCUACGAGUUGAUAUAAAAUCCAAACAUCCUAUUGGGGUUUAGGUAUGCCUCGGGACUUGGGGCAUACUGACUGCUAUGUUGGGAUUCUAUAAGUUCAAUGAACUGUCCUCAUUGGUUUGGCUUUUUGAUAUGAUUAAAUUUAUUUUUUAUUCCUUUUUCUA